UGAAGUGCAUGUGUGCAUUCGACGAGGAAGCCGCGAAUGAUGGAUCCCGCUACGCGCCCACGUGGUCCGACCAAAUGACCUCACCUCCAGCUCCCAUGCAUCUACCCCGUUCCCGUCCCCUACAUCGAUAAUACCAACACCAACACCAAUCGAAACACCACAACCCCCACCAAUACCGCCUGACCACCAGACAUGGCCUCCCGCCUCCUCAACCCCAACCUCUUCCACCUCCGCACCCCCCUCCUCCUCGCAACCCUCGGCGUCUCCACCGGCCUCCUCCUCCAUCAACACACCUCCCUCCGCCACGCCCUACGUCUCGACUCCUCCCCCUCCGCUCUCAGCCCCAAAGACUGGUCCUUCUCGCAAUACCAAAAUGACGCUCAAACGCCCGUGCUCACGUCCGGGGGACGGCUGAAUGCGCGCGCCGUAAGGCAGAUGAGUAUGGGGAGUAUAUUCGGUCUCGUAGCUGGCCUGGGCAUCAGCGUCUUCAGCAAACCCCUCGCUCUCCUCAUCGGUCUCCUGAUCGUCGGUGUGCAAACGGCCGAGAGCUACGGCAUUCACCUCGUUCCCUACGGGUAUCUGCAGAAAUACGUAAAGGGGAUCAACAUGCGCAGCGCGGUACAGGAUAACGCGGCCUUCAAGCUCAGCUUCGGGCUGAUGUUCGCCCUGAGCGCAUUUGCGCAAUUAUAAAGAUUGCAGU